AUAUCAGUUUGCCAGAUGUUGUACUCACUCUGCCAGGAUGAUAUCACGGUGAGUUUGCUGCUUCUCCAGUCUCACAUGUGCCCCCACUUGAUAGCAGAAUUUGUCAAUGUUGAUGACCACGAUCUCUUGGAAGCAUACUUGUCAUUGUUCUGUAUUCUUAUAAAGUUGGAAAGUGGCCUUGACGAACUGAAGCGUGAGAAACCAAUCCAUUCCAUACUGCAGAUCAUCGAAGACAGAAAGUGUAGCAAGUGUGUUCAUAUUUGUCUUCAAGUCUGCAAGAACCUUUCUGAACAAAGCCGGAAAAGCAAAACAUUGCUCCUGGAAUUGAACAUAGUUCCAAUUCUAAUGAGUUUUAAAGAAGCUUUAGCCAAUGUUGCUGCUGUUGCUGCUGUUGGGACUUCUGCUUCUACUGCUGCUGCUGAUAAUGAUGAUAGUGGUAGUCAUCAUAUUGAUGAUGAUGAUGGUAGUGGUGGUGGUGGUGGUGGUGGUGCCGCUGGCAGCUGUUAUGAUGCAGACUCUUUGCGACUCUGUGAAGAGUUACUUGAGAACCUGACUGUGAGAGUCACACCGUGCCUCGAUGUGCAGCAACAGCCUUCUUCCGAUGGCCUCCUCCUGACGACCAGCGAUACAAACAACAGCUCCCCUGCAAUUUACUGGUGCCAGAACAAAUUUCGGUUACUGGUGACAGCCGAGAUGGAUCACGCUGAAGAUUUCACUGCAGACUUUGAGGAGACUGCAAUCCAUAUUCGGCCAGUGGUCAACAACGAACCAGUUUCAGCGACCUAUGGACUUUAUGACAAAGUGGUCAUCUCCAAGUGUUUUAUGCGUCACAAACCAAACAAGAUACAGAUGUCACUGGCAAAAUCAGACCCAGCUUAUUGGCCUCGUCUCUUGGAGACAACAGAAAAGUUUCCAAAUAUUCACAAAGACUUUGGAAGGUUUGAAAUGGACUUUGAUGAUGAUGAUGAUAACAAGGCCUUUGAAGAGGAAGAAGUCAUUCCUGAUGACGAUAACCCUUUCACACUGAAAGUGAAAGUACAAGUAUCAAAAAUUCCUGAAAUUUCACAGACCAUUCUACCAGAUUACGAGAAUUCCGAUUCAGAAAGCAGCCUGGACAUUGAUAGAAUAGAUGAUUAUGACCGCUUCAACAUUUACGAUGUAAAAUACUAAAACAUUGCAAGCUGAAACUAAACUCGCCUGCCUGUCGUUGAGUUUCAGCCCAUGCCCAUUGUGCCCUUCACUGUUCACCUGUGUCCGGUUCUUUACAACUUCUGUGAUAUAUCUUCUCAUUUAAUCAUUGCUGUUGAUGGAGUGAGUGAUAGACCAGUGUCUUGAUGAGCUACACAAUUAGACCAACUUAAUCACUGCUGUGAUUAACGAGACAGGUUGUUAAUUAAACAUUUAGUAUUUAAACCAGCCAAAAUAUUCAGCCCUGUUUUAUCUUCAAACUGGCCAGAUCUGACCUCUCGCACUUUUCCGACAAUAUUAUUCUGCAAAUAAAGAGUCUUAUUAUUGAAGUCUCAAAGCUACAAGGUAACGCCUGACUAAUUCAAAUCAAUGGCAAUGAACAGGCAUUAUAUUUGACAGAAUAAUCCGAGUGCUGAAGGGUUAAACAUUUAAUCAGUGCUGGGAUUAAUGCUACUGUCCAUUCAUUAAGCAUUUAACCACCUGAAACUGUUUGUCGAUCAUUCCUACACACACACAUGCAUGUGUGUGUGUGUGUAUAUGUAUAUAUCAAUAUAUAUAUCCAAGAAAGUUAGGGGUUGUGAAUCCAACCCACUAAGGGAUAAUAUCUAUCCAAUAUACUGCCGGAAGAAUACCCAAUUAUUAUUACACUAGUGUUUUUUCAUUGCAUGGCAAUUACAUUACCAAGUGCAAUAAAUGGGUGUGGGUAAAAAGUUAUUUUACCAUUAAUUUAUAAUGCAAUAAGAAAAUGGAAGGGAUUAAUAGGUGGUGUUCAUCAACUUGCAGACAUUGUAUUAUGUUA